AUUUUAGUCAUUAUAAUAAUAUUCCUUUCAUUAUAUUAAUGAUUUCUCUAUAAAUAUAUCACUAAGUGAUACACCUUGAGUCCAUCAUUACCAAAAAUGGCUUUAGCUUCUUCUCUAAAAGUAGUACUCUUAGGUUCAGUUGCCUUUACAUUCUUCUGGGUACUAGCAGUUUUUCCUGCUACACCUUUUCUACCUGUUGGCCGGACUGCAGGGUCUCUCCUUGGGGCUAUGCUUAUGGUCAUUUUCCAAGUCAUGACCCCAGAUGAAGCAUAUGCUGCAAUUGAUCUCCCAAUUCUUGGUCUUCUCUUUGGGACGAUGGUUAUCAGUGUUUAUCUUGAGAAAGCUGAUAUGUUCAAAUACAUAGGUAAGUUGUUAUCAUGGAAAAGCAAAGGAGCUAAGGACUUACUUUGUAGAAUUUGCCUAAUUACUGCAGUUUCAAGUGCUCUUUUUACUAAUGAUACGUCUUGUGUGGUUUUGACUGAAUUUGUAUUGAAAGUCGCCAGGCAACAUAAUCUUCCUCCUCAUCCAUUCUUACUUGCUCUUGCUUCGAGUGCGAAUAUUGGAUCUUCUGCUACUCCAAUUGGCAAUCCUCAAAACUUGGUUAUUGCUGUUCAGAGUAGGAUUUCUUUUGAGAAAUUUGUUUUAGGACUCCUCCCUGCAAUGCUUGUGGGCAUAUUUGUUAAUAUCAUUAUUAUUAUGUGUAUGUACUGGAGGCUGUUAUCUUCUACUCAGAUUGAUGAAGAAGAAGUCAUUGCAGAAGUUAUUGCAGAUGAGAACGUAAAUUCUCAUAAAUUUUCACCAGCUACAAUGUCACAUUUUGGUUCCUCAGAUUCCCAAGAAUUUAACUCUAGUUUGGAUUCUUUGAGCACGCAAAGCUCCUCUAAUACGAUUGCCAGCGGGGAUGUAAAGAGAUCAAGUUCAGCAAAAACUGAAACCCGUAGUGAAUCUGCAAGGAAUACAAAUGCAUCGAAAGAGGUAAAAGCUGGUGGGUCUGAAAAGGAAGAUUUUUCCACAAAAUGGAGAAGGUUACUAAGGAAAUCAUGUGUUUACCUUAUUACUAUAGGGAUGUUGGUUGCUUUGCUUCUGGGUCUGAACAUGUCAUGGACUGCAAUUACUGCUGCACUUCUCCUUGUUGUUCUUGAUUUCAAGGAUGCUCAACCAUGCUUUGAAAAGGUCUCAUAUUCACUUCUGAUUUUCUUUUGUGGAAUGUUUAUCACUGUCUAUGGCUUUAACAAAACUGGGGUUCCAAGUGCUAUCUGGGAUUUAAUGGAGCCUCAUGCAAAGAUAGAUAAUCCUGCAGGAAUAGCAGUUCUUGCUAUAGUCAUACUUGUCAUGUCAAACUUGGCCUCAAAUGUGCCAACAGUUCUGCUGCUGGGAGGGCGGGUAGCAGCAUCAGCAGCUGCGAUUUCUGCAGCCGAGGAGAAGAAGGCAUGGCUGAUAUUAGCUUGGGUGAGCACUGUAGCAGGGAACCUUUCGCUUUUGGGAUCAGCUGCAAACUUGAUAGUGUGUGAGCAGGCCAGGCGUGCUCCAGAAUUCGGUUACAACUUAACUUUCUGGAAGCAUCUUAAUUUCGGACUUCCGUCUACUCUUAUAGUAACUGCUGCUGGCUUACUACUCAUAAAAUGAAAAUGAUGAUACCAAUUAACGUGUUACGACUUCAAUACAUUUUCGUGUUAGUUUAUCUAUGAAAGCAAUCUCUGUUUCUGGUGUUGCAUUUGGCAAUCAUUUUGUCAACAGAAAAUGACUGGGGAGUCAUUGGAUUAGUAUUUUCUGUAGUUAUUAAUUGCCUGACUCACAAAAUAGAAGUCACAGAUUUAGUCAAUUCUAUUUUAUUAAUACAAUUUUAACCCGCAUUGCAAAAUUAACUACAGA